AUGGCCACAUCAUCAGGAAACGCUGGCUGGGCCCAACUGCGCCAGCAGGCACGAUCAUUAGAGAACCAGGCAAGAAUUCAGCCCGCAUGGAAUACGGAGAGUCUAUUUCACACCUACUCCCAAUUCUCUACUGCUGCGCAUAUUCCAGCCAAACCAACACCGGAGGAGCGUGAUGUAGAAGCAAAGCUAGAGGAGGUGCUGGAUAAGCGCGACAACGUCAUUGGCCAGCUCGCUCGACUCCUAGACUCGGAAGCGUCACUCAACACAUCCGCGCUCAAACAGAACAACUUAUCCCUGCUCCGAGAGAAGCUCUCAUCUCAUCGACGCGACCUCACCCGGCUCCGAUCCACGGUUCAGCAAGCCCGCAAUCGUGCCAAUCUUUUGACCAACGUCCAAUCUGACAUUGACGAGUACCGAGCGAACAACCCAGAAGCUGCCGAGGCGGACUAUAUGCUGGACGAACGCAAUCGCAUCGACCGAAGCCACGAUGUGACAGACAGCGUCCUCAGCCAAGCAUAUGCCAUUAAUGACAGCUUCGGUGUGCAGAGGGAGACUCUGGCGAACAUUAAUCGAAGGAUCACCAUGGCGGCGAGCAAAGUACCGGGCAUCAACUCAAUAAUCGGACGUAUAACAUCGAGGAAGAGGAGAGAUGGGAUUAUCAUGGGAACAUUUAUUGCGCUGUGCUUCAUCGUCUUUUUCUGGUUGAGAUAA